AUGUCCCAGUUUUUGCGCCAGCUCGGCGCCCUUAAGGUGAAGGAGGUCCCCAAGUUCCUCCAGGACAAGGUCACCGUCGCCAACGUCACCUCCCACACCCAGAAGUUCAUCGCCGAGUACAAGACCAAGUACAUCGACGCGGGAUCCCCGAUGCCCAUCUACCACGUCAUGUGCGGCGUGUUCGUGACCGCCUACAUCACCGUGUGGCCCACCGAGUACCGCCACAUGAUGGCCGCCAAGCACGGGCACCACUGA